UUUGUCGAGCAAAGCCAGCGCGCGGCAGAUCGCGAGCUCUGCUCAUUAGAGCCUCGUGAACUGGACGAGCGAAGAGGCGCGCGAAACGAUAUGUAAAUGCCGCGCGGGACCCGCUUCUUUUUAUUCUUCGGCCUCAGUUUGAAAACUCAGCCGAGGCAAAAAGUUGCACGAGAGCCGCAGCCGCCGUUGCCGCGCCCAAGCCAUGAGAAUUCGCGCGGACGACCAGCUGCUGCCGCUGGUGCCGAUGGUGCUGGUGCUGGUGCUGGUGCUGGGGCCGAGCGCCGCCGGCGAGUCGCCGCUGGCAGAAUCGGCUCGUCGGCGCAUCCGCGCGCUCUCCUAUCCGGAGGAGAGCCAGCUGGGGCUAUUUUUCGCGCUCGCUCUGCCCCUUGACGAGCCGCGCUCGUCCCAGGCCGUCAACGUCGCCUUCUUCUUCGAGGCUAAUUACAAGCUGCCCCGCGACGACGACCACGACCACGACGACGACGACGACGAGGAGGAGCAAGGGGAGACGAGGCGACAGCGGCUCGGGCGGGCCAUCGACCGGACGACCCUGUACCGCGCGCUCGAGUCGAAAUUCGAGUCGCUGGGACUCCCGGGUCGGCAGUGCUUGCUGAGGUCCAUCUGCGAGACGGCCAGGGAGCUGCGCCCGGAGCACCGGCACAAUGGCCUCGUCGGCGAUCUCAUGCGGAUCACGUUCACGCCUUCGACGAGCGAGAGCGAGGAAGGAGCAGACUACCCGGAAUACACGUCGGCCGAGGAGCACGGGACUGGAGAUGGCCUCAGCGAUUGCGCGGCGAUCUACUGGCGCUGCCCGUUAUCCAUUUAUCAGCACAUAACCGGGACGCCCGAGUGAAGGAUGGUCCUCCGCGGAGCCUCUCCGCGG